AGUGGGUUUCAUCAUCUGUUGCCGGCAGCAUAGUGAUUACUUGGAUCCCGCAUAGGGAACAGGGGACUGUUAUUUAUUGUAGCUGAAUCGGUCAUUUCCUCAGCUAUUCUUAUUCCUCUCUUGCCACUGGCGCUGUGCCUCACCCUACUGAGCUUGGGGUCUAGUUAUCGAUUGGCAACAUUUCGUCAGCCUUAUUUUCCAGGUUCUGAUUCGCUCAAAAGCCUUCAGUAGCCAGCAAUAAUACAUGAUUGUGGAUCAGUCCAGAAUCCUAGGACAGGGACAUUUCAAAUCCGAUAUUUGGUCUUAAGGAGAGGUCGGUUCAACAUGGCAAGGCCACGGUUGAUUAUCCUUGUUCGCCACGCUCAGUCCGAAGGAAAUAAAAAUAGGGGAAUCCAUCAGACAGUGCCAGAUCAUAGGGUGAAACUUACACCAGAUGGCCACCAGCAGGCCCUUGAAGCCGGCAGAAGGCUUCGUUCCAUGUUGAGACCCGAUGAUAAAAUCCAAUUUUUCACUAGUCCAUAUCGGAGAACGAGGGAGACAACAGAAGGAAUUCUAACUUCUCUGACGUCUGAUGACCCUGCUCCAUCUCCAUUUCGCAGACAUAGCAUCAAGGUAUAUGAGGAGCCACGUCUGAGAGAGCAGGACUUUGGCAACUUUCAACCUUGUUCGGCAGAAAUGGAACGCAUGUGGCAGGAAAGAGCAGAGUACGGACAUUUCUUUUAUCGUAUUCCUAAUGGCGAAUCAGCGGCAGAUGCCUAUGACCGGAUCAGCGGGUUCAAUGAAAGUCUCUGGCGCCAGUUUGGCGAAGACGAUUGUGCAAGUGUGUAUGUUCUAGUCACACACGGCUUAAUGACGCGGGUCUUUCUCAUGAAGUGGUAUCACUGGAGUGUGGAGUAUUUUGAGGAUCUACGAAACAUUGAGCACUGCGAGUUUAUCAUAAUGAAAAAGAAUGAGGCAGGAAAAUACAUAUUGCAAAAUAAAUUACGGACCUGGUCCGAACUUCGAGCAGAUGUCGACGGCAAAACCAACAGCGCAUCAGACAUUCCCGCCAUCCUGCCCCACAAAUGGGGCGGUUGCAUCAGUGGCUGUGAUCAUACACCCCGCACAUCCAAGUCGCAAAGACGCCAAUCUCUCUUGAUGCGCUCGACAUCGGACGCGCAGACGCAGACUGAAACAGAUGCGCAGGCGGAAAAGCAGGCGGAAAAGCAAGCGGCAGCACAGCCUGCAGCAGAGAAAUCCGAUGCAGCUGCUCUUGGUGGACCGGCACAUGUGCUAUCACCCGAGGAAAUAGAGGGAGCAAGCAGUGCCUUGCAUUCGCCAUCAUCCCAGCCGCACACGAUGCAGUCUCAAUCCCAUAUAACAUCUAAAACUAUGAGCUUCCCUCGCAACUCUACGAGUGCUCCGCAAUCAUCUGCAAGUCAGCAAUUUUCACCAUUAUCUCUGUCAACCGACAAAUAUAAGACUCCGGAAGGCCAUGCCCUCCCAGGAACUACACAUUCUUCGUCGACGCACUCCCCGUCAUCGCCGCUCUUUCCAGAAGGCCGUUUCUCCUCUGCUUCUCCGCGCGUCGCCGUCCUAGCCACUGGUCGAGACUUUGGCGGCUCCCGCUCUGGUGUCUCGAGCCCCGAGCCGUUCAUCUCCGACGCAGAAGCCGACUCGGGGGACGAUGGCGACCACCCUCACCACCAUACCUACGACAAGUCAAGGGCACCUCAGUCUGCACCUUUACACUCGGCAGACAGAAUAAGCGAAGAUUCUUCCAGACUUGCGCCCUCCUCUGUACCGAAUGCCGACCUUUCUCGACAAGCCAGCCACCAUCGGCCAAAAGGGCCAAUAACCCGUGCCACUGAUCCUACCACCGGCGCGACUUCCCUCGCGCGCUCGUCCUCUGCAUCCUCCCCUGUCGAGAUCGAGGACCUCCGCCGCCGCAUGCAGUUGUCCGGAAUGGACCCAGGUGCCCAGGCUGAUGCAUUGGGCGAUCAUAUCGCCGAGCAGUAUACUGGCAAUUCAGGGCAUGCACAUUUCAAUCAGCAUCCAUCUCAUCAUGCCCAUAGUUUUAAUGAUGGUGGCAGCAACUCGAGUACUAAUUCUGAUACCCUACAUCACGACAGCAAUCCUCCAGCCAACGCAACGCCUGACGGCAACAAGGCAACGUUCAAGACUCUACAGGAACUCGAAGAUGAAGACAAAAGCAUAAUAGGGAGUAUAUACUGAGAUGAAUAUGCUGGAGAUUAAUUGCGCUUAGAAACGAAAAGCUUUGGUGCCUGUCAAUAGUUUGAGCUUCCAAGAACUACUAUGAACGGGUGAAAGCAGCAGAACAAUAUAGUCAUAUUACUAGUCAUGCCCUCGCGAUACCAAUUCCGUACAACCUAUGUCUAUAUAAAAAUCACGCU